AUGGUGAGGGCAAGGAAACGUCAGCGAGGGGAAUGCGAUGAAAAGGAGAAGGAGACCAACACAUUCCCAUCGACAGGGGGCGAGGGGGGAGAGUCCAUGAUAGGGGAGAUGCAACUGAAACGCGCGACUACGGACAAGCGAAUGACAAAUCGACAGAAGUGUCUGGUUCUUGGUUUACGCAGCAUCUCCAGUAAAGAUCGUCAUUUGCUGACGGACAUUCGUGGCCUGAUGCCACACUCGCGGGAACAUCCCAAAAUUGGUCGAACUCAUAAACUUGGGGAUGAUUUGGUGGAGCUUUGCUCGCUUCAUCAAUGCAAUAGUUUCCUUUUAAUUGAGGCUCACCGGCAUGACAUUAGUUACAUGUGGAUUGCCCAGUCCCCUCACGGCCCCAGUGUGAAGCUGCAAUUAACGAAUGUGCACACUGCAGAUGAGCUUCGGAUGGCGGGAAACUGUUUGAAGUACAGUCGUCCUCUUCUUCACUUUGACCGGGAAUUCGAAACACAUCCUCACCUUCGUGUGGUGAGGUCCCUCCUUCAGAUGACAUUUAACACGCCCCGCUACCAUCCAAAGUCUAAGCCAUUUAUCGAUCACAUCAUUUGUUUCUUUUAUCUGGAUCAUCAU